AUGGCUGCCCAUAUGGAAAUAGUCCAGAAACUGCAGAGUGAAAUCACCUGUGGAAUCUGUAGGAUCUAUUUUUCUCGGCCAGUUACCAUCGAUUGUGGGCACAGCUUUUGCACAGAGUGUCUCUCAAGGAGCUGGAGAGCCCCACCUUUCUCUUGUCCUGAAUGCAGGCAAGUUUGCCAGGUGACCAAAUUCCCAGAACUCAAUGUAAGACUGGAAAAGCUGACUGACGUUGGGAAGCAGCUCUGCUUCCACUUUCUGCAAAGUACUGAAGGACAGGGCCAAUGCCCCAUUCACCAGAAAGUCUUCAAGCUCUUUUGCGAGGAGGACAAGGCAUUACUCUGCUUGAGCUGUAGUCAAACUCCAGAGCACAGGGCUCACAAACUGUCUCCUAUAGAAGAAGCUGCUCACAACUAUAGGGAGGAACUCGGGAAGAUUCUGUGUCACUUGGGGAAGGAUUUUAAAAAAACCAAGAUACUUCUUCGUCUGCUGGAGGAAGGGGUGAAGAUACCUUCAGUUGAUUGGCUUCAGAUGAUUAUGGGGGAAUAUUGCAAUCUUCACCACUUCCUGCGGGAGGAAGAACUUCAACGUGUGGAAGGGCUGAGGGAAGAGCACAAGAGGUACAAAUACAGAAUAUUUCAGCAUAUUCAAAGCCUUCAGGAAUUCCUGCUGGAGCUUCAAGAAUCAAGACACAAACCCAUAAUUGAGUUGCUGCAGAAUUGCAGGGAGCUAUUGGGAAGGAGUGAGUCAUUGUUCUCCCAAAGGCCCAAGGCUGUCACCCCAGACCGGAUGCAAUAUUCCAUCACUGGGAUGAUAGAGAUCCUCAACAAAUUCAGAGUGGACAUCAGAGUGAAUCCUCAAUUAGUCUGUUCGUAUGUGAUCGUUUCUGAGGAUCGGAAGAGUAUGAGGGCUAGAGAAGACUGGCAGGUGGAUCCUGACCAUCCUGAGGACUUUACUUACCAUUAUGUCUUUGCCGAGCAGGCCUUCAGCUCAGGCAGACAGUAUUGGGAGGUGGAUGUGACACAAGUGCCUCAGUGGGCCCUGGGGAUCCACACUUCACCCAUGAGGAGAGAGAAUCUGGACUCACGUCCCUCUGCUCUUGUGCUUUGCUGUGUGAAGAAGGGAAAUUAUUACUAUUUCCAAACCUGUCCUGGAUCAUUUAAGUGUCAAAUGAAAGACCCUGUGCCCAGGGUUGGGGUAUACCUGGAACAUAGUGUUGGCACCCUCCUCCUCUUUUACAAUGUUGCCAAACGCUGCCUUAUUUAUAGAUUCUACACAAUUUCAUUCACAAAGCCUGUCACACCCAUCUUUUCUCCUGGCCCCCCACUUCCAGGAACAAAGGCUGGUCCUAUGACUAUCUGUCCAGUCAACUCUCAUCUUUGUUCUUGCUGCUAUUCAGCUCUCUGA